AACAAAAUGGCGACUGCCUUUAGUGGAAAUACGUUUGUUUUUUGCGUAUUUAUUCUAUUUGUUCCCUUUACUCUGGGUAGAAAUCAUCGAAUACAACUAAAGGAUGAAACUAGACAGACGAUCGAGUUGAGUAAGUUCGGAUUUCUUCAGAAUGGAGUUCUCAAAGUGAACUUUACCAAUAUGCGGUUUAAGGAGAAAAAUCCCGCAAUCUUUGGUUUUUCCCUGGAAAAGACUGGAAGUGAUGGUAUUUCCCCUUACAUGGAGCAACAUUCUGAUAAAUGUGUUCUCAAUGAUCCAGAGAAGAUUACUAAUGUGAACCAGAUAUCAUUGGCAAUUCUCAAAUUUGAUCUCAGUGGACCAGAAAUCAUUAUCACAAAAUUUGGACAUGACUUUGAAAACCUGACUAUUGAUAAAUAUGAACCAGAACCAGAACCAGAACCAGAAGUUAUGGAAGCUAAAACUACCUCAUCUAGUAAGGAAGGAGAGAGUAUUUCAAGUUCAUCUCCAUCCUCUGAUCAUACUACAACACAAGCAUCAACAACUGUUGUGAAAGUAACCUCUAACACUCCUCCAAAGAACACAUCAACAACUGAUACUUCAAGUACUGAACAACCUUCCUCCAUUGGAAACAAGACUUCUGUAAUGGAGAUACAAAAUAGAAGGAGAAGGGCAGCAGAUAGUACAAAUCCAACAACACUUACUAAAAGCAAAGAAAAAAAAUGGCUUUUGAUGCAAAAGAAGAUCAAUGAAUCCAUGUCUGAGAAUGUGUAUUCUGGAAAUUUCACAGUCAAGAUUCAGAGGAAGGCUGAGGAGGGAUUGUAUAACUUGUAUUUUCAUAUCUGUCCCAUACCAGGUGUAAAAAAAACAGCUACAGCUGUGAAUAUUGAGAUUGACAUCAAAGAGAAAAAUGGUAAAAACUUUCUGUCUGCUGGAGAGGAACCUUUACCAUAUAUGUUUGGUAUUCUAUCUGUGCUCUUCUUUGGAACAGCAAUUUACUGGCUUCAUGUUCUUCAAAAGAACAAGGAUUUCACAUACAAAGUACAUUACAUGAUGUUCAUCCUGAUCCUUUUAAAAUCUCUUGAUCUGAUGUUUCAAGCAGUGAAUUAUCACUUUAUUAGUAGAGAUGGUAAACCAGAGGAAUCUUGGGAAGUGCUCUACUACAUCACACAUCUAUUGAAAGGGGCAUUACUGUUCACAACCAUUGUCCUUAUUGGUACUGGAUACUUUUUCAUCAAGCAUGUGCUGUCAGACAGAGACAAAAAGAUAUUCUUGAUUGUCAUACCACUGCAGAUUUUAGCCAACACAGCUCAGAUUGUGAUGGAGUCAACUGAGGAAGCAAACACACAGUAUACAACUUGGAAAGAACUAUUCAUCUUGGUUGACUUGCUUUGCUGUGGUGCAAUUCUGUUUCCUGUUGUAUGGUCGAUAAGACACUUACAGGAAGGAUCUCAAACAGACGGCAAAGCUGCUCUUAACCUAGCCAAGUUAAAGCUUUUUAGACAUUUCUACGUGAUGAUUGUGUGCUACAUCUAUUUCACAAGAAUAAUUGUGUAUUUGAUAAAGAUAACAGUGCCAUUUCAGUAUAUGUGGCUGGAUGAUUUCUUCAACAAUGCAGCAUCGUUUGUCUUCUUUGUACUGACUGGCUUUAAGUUCCGACCUGCUCCGGACAAUCCUUAUCUUCAUGUACCACAAGACGAAAGUGAUGGCGAAGUGGAGAUGGAAGAAGUGGUUACAAAUCCAGGAAUCGCCAAUGGCGUGACGAGACUGCAGCCGUCGUCAAACGGCAAAAGAAUAUUUGAAACUGCGUAAAAAUUGCGACAACCAAUCACUUGCUUUGUGUGCUAAGUGGAUGGAUUUUCCCACGGGCGUAGCUUAGGUGGGAGGGGAUUGACUGGGAACUAGUGUGUUGGUGACUUCCUUUUUAGUGACAAAGAAAUAUUUGCUAAUUAAAAAACACCCCAACAUACUCCCAAAUGUUAGGAAGGCACCUGUUUCUCUUCCUCCUCCCCCCCUCCUCCCGUAUGGGAAAACGCAUACCCCAAGGGGUGACUCUUGUAUUUUAAUCUUUCUAGAAGCGAUUUGAAUCUCCAGUAAGUUACAUAUGGUUAAAUGUUAGAGGAUAUAUUUUGAAACAUAUCAUAUCUGUUCUUGUAAUCGUGUUAAUGCGAGACUAAUGAGUUUGUGCCCAAUGACACACACACAGAUAUUUAACUAUUCUCUCAAAUAUUACUUACUGUUAUUUGCAUCGCAUGGUCGUUAGAAAUAGAUGAUAAAGUUUUGCCGCGCCUUGCCAAUCACAAAGUCAUAUUGAGCAAUAGAUUACUGAUUGAUUGAUAGAUUGAUUGAAGAGGAAUCAUUAAUGGUCUAUCUGACCUUACUUAGAUAUUUAUAAGAAUCUGAAGUGCUUAUUAAACUUAAGCAAAGUAGCGUGCUCGCCAAAUAUACUUCAGAACUCAUUUAAACAAUGAGCAUUUGGUAUGGGGUGUAAUUUAUUAUAGAUGUUAGGCUUGUUUUGUCUUUACUUGGUUUUGACAUUAUGUCGUUUGUUUUUUCGUUUGUCUUUUUUUCGUGGGAAACACGGUGAUCUUAUGGUUAACGGGCUCUUUUCCACAUUGAUCUGCAUUUGAUUCAUGACUGGGAUUAAUCUGACUAUCUUGUAUUUAGGCAAGGUAUGUUAACACUCGCACUGUGGAUUUUCUAUCUAUGAUUAUAAAUGGGUAAUUCCAGACUUGGGUGGUUGUCGGUGCUUUCUGCAGCAGUUGCACUUGCGCAUUUCCCGUUUGAAAUGUGUUCUGAUUUUACGAUAAAUGUUCGCUCCGUUUUCUCUUUAUCUUGCGCGAAAUGUUUAUCGGUAGCUUAAUGUUGUAGAUAUUUUUCAAGUGUAAGAGCUUUCUACUGUUCCAACAUCCGACGAUGAUAUUUUUACUCAAUCAAAGUCUAUUGAUACUCAUCGACUAUAAAUUAUUAGGUACCAAAUUCAAGCAACUUUUCCUUUAUGAUCUAGUUUAGUAAAAAUUAAUAUAACUGACAUUCCUUGCUGUUUGUUUGUUUGGUUUUUUUCGUUUGGUUGUUAGCCUGUGGUUUGCUGUCAACCCUUUAAAGAGGUUCUUAACCCUUUACACCAUAACAUCAGCAUGCAUAUUCUCAACACCUUAUCUAUACAUUUCGUAAAAAGUUGACAAGGAGAAUUUGUGUAACAAUUCAGAGCUUCUCUAUUUGGUUAUCAUUUCCUUUAUUUUCGUGACCUUACUGUUUGAUUCAGGGGUCCUAUUGUAGGAAUUAGGAAUUAGAUGCCAAUCACACUUAGGGAACAAAGGGUUUAAAGAUGGCUUAAUAUGUAGUUCUUAACAAUAUAUUAUUGAAAUGACAUGAUGAUAUUUUGUAUUCGUCCCAUGAAGAUAUAUGUUUAUAUUUGAAGAGACUAUGAAUUAUUCCUGGAGACAACGAUAAUUAUUAAACUUAUAGGGAAGACGCCUUUUGAUGCAAUGGAAAAGAUCAUUUGAAUUAACGUUGAUCUUUGCAAGGCCUUACUUCCCAUUUGACAUGUUCUUUUCUUAAAUUUAAAACGUAGGUUCAGGCUGUACGAGAUUAACAAGUCUUGAAUAAAAGAGUUUCAUAAAUGGAA